AAACCUCUCUUAAAAACACAGCUCUCAACCCAGCUCCUGACACCAUGGCCAGCUGUUCCACCACUGGGACCUGUGACUCCAGUUGCUGCCAGCCAAGCUGCUGUGAGACCAGCUGCUGCCAGCCAAACUGCUGCCAGACCAGCUCCUGCGGAACUGGCUGUGGCAUUGGUGGUAGCAUCAGCUGUGGCCAGGAGGGCAGGGGUGGAGCUGUGAGGACCCGUAUCAGGUGGUGCCGCCCAGAUUGCCGCGUGGAGGGCACCUGCCUGCCCCCCUGCUGCCUGGUAAGCUGCACACCCCCAUCCUGCUGCCAGCUGCACCACGCCGAGGCCUCCUGCUGCCGCCCAUCCUACUGUGGGCAGUCCUGUUGCCGCCCAGCCUGCUGCUGCCAAUGCUGUGAGCCCACCUGUUAAAAACCAGGUUGCUGAUCGCUUACGAAUGAAAGGGGAAGCACAGCAAAAUUAUGCUGAUUUCUGAAGAACUGUUUGAUUUUACUUGGAUGCUAAGUACCAUGAUGUUGUUAAGCUGCUCAGAGAUAAUGAAACUCCUAGUGAGGACACUGCGGAUGUGCCGAAUUCACUCACUGAAACACGUAUCAAUCAGUGUUCUGGAUAGCUUACGUUGCUUAAGCAGAGGACCAGGAUGGAAUAGUUCAUCAUUUCAGUGACA